UAGGGACUGGUCAUAAAGUAUAACUGCCAUGGUGGGCUGAAGGUAAAUCACAAAUUUUGCCAACAAGUUUGGUGACCCAUCUUAGGAUUUAGAUAAAAAUUUCAAAGCCCAUCUAUCUUACAAAAAAAUUUUCAUGACCCACCCAAUCUAAAUUGGGAAAAUACACUUUUAUAAUAAAAAAACUUGCAGGUAUGAACAUUGUAAAUAUAUACUGGCACUGUAUUGACAUACAUAAUUCCACCAAGCUUGACCAACACAUUCAUCACCAAUUACGAUACUGAGCUGCUCUCCAGUUGGUUGUAUUUGCUGUGAUUCGACCAUUUCUUGUUGUUGUAUAAAACAAAGUACUGGCUUCAAUAAUAGCAUCAUUUGCAUUUGAUAAUUUGGAUAGUUUUGUUUACUUUAUUAUUGAUAUCUUUAUUUUUUUGAAGUAGACAUGCAUGGGUUUUUGUUUGGUGGCCCAACCGUGGACAUACAAAAAAAUUGGCGACCCAUCGAAACUGCCCAAAGAUUUUCCACGGCCCAUCCCAAAUCACUCCAGCCCACCCUAGCAGUUACUUUAUGACCGGUCCCUUAGUCUUUAAAUCGAUGUCAAAAUACGAAAUUUCGGCACUCUCCUUGCCAGUUUCAUGUUAACCGCGCAGACAAAACGAUAGAAAGGGACUGGGUUGACGUCUAAUAGCUCUUCAAUUUCCGCCAUCUUUUUCGCUCCAAAUAUAUGUACGUGUAAAAACAUUUCGCUGAGAAAAAUAUGUCGAAAUUUUUCUAAGUGCCGUACGGGAGCGCACACGUGAGGUACCUAUUUUUUUCGCAUAUUCUGAUAUGUAGUAUAUAUAAUUUUAAUCAGCACACUGAGGCAAUCAUUUGUGGCUAUCCAUGUGUGACUAUUUUUUUGAGAAAAGACUUCAUAGAGAUUGUCAUAUCGAAUGUGCACAUUAUUUAGAGAUAAUUUUUGCUCAAUAAUAUUUACCUUUGUGUUCCCAAAAUACUUCGAAAGGCAUUGUCUACACAUUAUAUCGUCAGAUAUAUUAUUAAUAAGUAACAGCAUGAAUAAAAAUCUCGCACUUGUGAGUUUUUCAAGACCUCAGAUUAAACCUGUCCUUUUAGCUAGCAAUUUUGACAAUAUACUCGAAAACUAACUUCAUGCAUUUGUCCAAAUUUCAGUUUAAAUAAGCCCUAUUACCUAUACACACUUGUUCUAUCAAAGUGUGUUCAAUCUAUUAAAAUUUAAAUUGUCAAUUUUGUUUUGUCGCAUGGGUUAACCGCUACGGUUAGAAUGUGGUUUGUGUAUAUAAUAACAUCGAUCUUUAAAAAACUAUUUUGUUGCAUUUUACUAAAAAAGGGUUUGUCGGUGUAUAGAUGUAUACUGACGUUGUCACGGGUUUUUAAUUUUAAUUUUUUUAGAUUGAAGAGUAAAUUAUGUUAAGACUACAGCCUGGUGUUAGAUAUGGAAUCCGCAAAACACUGGCAAGGUAUACAAAGAUGUAGACAUAUUGUUAUAUUUAUAUACAGUACAUUCAAUUGUUAGAUUUUUCUUGGAUAAGCCUAAAUCAAUUAAAACUCCUGCAUGCGAUGCCAGACCCAAUCGUUACAACAUUUUUUCUACACACGCGAAAACGCCCAAGUUGUAACAAACCUGUAGCAGACUUUAAGCAAGAUUGUUACAAGUUGUUAACAGCUUGUUCCAAACUUGUUGACAACUUGGGACAUGCAGGCAGUGCGAACACAACUUGUUGGCAGACUUGUUACAAGAUGUGAGAUUUUUGCGUGUGUACAAACGUAAAAACGCCCAAGUUGUAACAAACCUGCAGCAGACUUGUAGCAAUGCUGUUCCAACAACUAUAUAGUCAACAGGAUGUGUUCGCACUGCUUGUUCCCAGCUUGUUAACAAGUUGUCAACGCCUUGUUGACAACUUGCUACAAGGUUGUUGAGCUCAACAGACUUGUUACAAGUUGUGGCUGACAACAUUGUAGCGAAAUAACAGCAUUGUUACAACUUGUUGACAAGCUUGCUACAAGCCUGUUGCGAACACAUCUUCACGCGUAAAAGUCUCGCAUCUUGUCAACAAGCUCUGUUCGCACUGCUUGUCCCAAGUUGUCAACAACUUUGGAACAAGCUGUUAACAACUUGUAACAACCUUGUUGGCAUUAUCAAACUUGUUGCAGGGUUGUUCCAACAAGUCUGAUACAGUCAUGAUCUGUAACACAAUAUUUUUACAUGUGAUGUUACUCUGAGUGUAUAUCCACACCGGACAAGCUUGAAAAAUAUGCCUGGCCACAGUGGGAAUCGAACCUUAUACCGCGUAGCUCAGUUGGCAGAGCAUUGGGCUAGUAUUCCAAAGGUCGUAGGUUCGAUUCCCACCGUGUCCAGGCAUAUUUUCCAAGCUUGCCCGCGGUGUGGAUAUACACUCAGAGUAACAUCACAAGCAUCAUAUUCACCUGAGUACAUUACACCAACACAGAAAAAAUCAUGAUUGCUAGAUUACAUUGAUAUCGAAGGAACUAGAUUCUGUUCCGAAAUAUCACAUCCUCGAACCGACCAGACCGCGUAGCUCAGUUGGCAGAGCAUUGGGCUAGUAUUCCAAAGGUCGUAGGUUCGAUUCCCAACGUGGUCAGGCAUAUUUUUCAAGCUUGCCCGAUGUGGAUAUACACUCAGAGUAACAUCACAAGCAUCAUAUUCACCUGAGUACAUUACACCAGCACAAAAAAAUCAAUAUUGUUACAAUUACUUUGUGUGGUCGACCUUGAACAUUCUUGUUAUAUCAUGACUGUAUCAUACUUGUUAGAACAACCUUGUAACAAAUCUAAUAAUGCCAUCAAGCUUGUUACAAACUGUUAACAGCUUGUUUUAAACUUGUUACAACAGCUAGGAACAAGCAGUGCGAACACAACUUGUCGACAACUUGUGAACAAAUUUGUAAAAAGACUUGUCUGUUUUAAUUUUUAGUUUUCUGUUAUUUUUUUCAGAUGGAUUUCAUGGGGCAGUCAUACGUCUGGAAAGCGUCUUAUCCUAACUCUGGCAACAUUCCUAUUCCUCUAUAUUGUUUGUCGAUAUUUCCGCGUGUUUGAAGUUCUCAAAUAUGGCGUCUCUUAUUUGAGAGUUAUUUUGUUUCUUCUGAAGCAAGACAACCAACAUUAUUACGAUAUCAUGCUUCAGGAAGCUCAUGUGAGUUUUAAUUAAUAUCGUAUGGACGUCUAUCUCAUUCGAGAACUGCUCAAGUUGUAUAUAAAAUCUUUUAGACCUUUCCCCUUAUAACCGAAAUUUUGAUCUGGGCAAGUCUAGACAAAUAUUUCAUCACAGCUUGAAAGAGCAUCACAAAAUUAGUAAUAUUCUAAAGUUUCGUUGUGAAAUGUUGUAAAAUGAGGAAAAUAGAGCCUUGCGAAGUUUGCCGAAAUUUUCAGUCAUUUUGCAUUACAAACGGGAAAUUGCAGCCCCAACACCCGAAUCGGAUGUCACUUUCCCGUUUGUAAUACAAAUGACUGAAAAACGGCAAACUUCGCAAGGCUAUAAUUAUUAUCCGCAUUUUACAAGAUUUUGCAACAAAACUUUGGAAUAUUACUAUUUUUGUGAUGCUCUUUCAAACUGUGAUGAAAUUUUUGUCUAGAUCGAAAUUUUAGUUAUAAGGGGAAAGGUCCAUUAUUCUCGUUUGGGAUUCAAAUUUAAGUCGCUUAAUAAAGAUGGCGCAACGCAGCAUAUGUAUAGAGGGUCCAUAUACAGACCGGACGCGAUUCGGCAACGCGACGCGAAUUUUCAAUGAUAUUUAACUUAAAUGUUUUUCUGUGUUUUUCAAAUAUUCGGAACACUUAAGCAAUUUUAGCUAUUUGGUCUGCAUAACUUGUAAAAUUUUUAUCCGUUGACCGUUUUAUUUAUGUGUGGGCCUUAUAUAUAAGCAUCAAGUUUUGGUAAACCACUCGCUAUUUUACAUCGAACUGAGUGCUUAGACUUUUUACAAAACUGGAAGCUUGCAGACUGAACUCACAAUGUCAUGCGUUUCCCAAAUGGGCAUCAUCAAUUUGGGCAAAUGUUCGAAAAUUGGAAGAAUAUUUAAAUCCUAAAUGUGGAAAAUGCGAUUUCAACCGACCACUAUAAAUCAGACCGCAUUUGCUCAUUUUUAUCGCAAUGAUUCAAUAAAGGUGUCAGCUAAAAGUCUGGUCUUUAUAAAUACGAAAACAGAAAACCUUUAAACGAAAUGAUUAACGCGCGAUAAGAUAUCUAUGGCGACAACCUGGCGAGGUUCCCAUGGUUACCUUUUAGGGUGUCCCAAAAAAACCAAAACUAUUGAAAUAACGUAUUGUUAGAAUUUGAAUGCCUCAGCACUCUGCUGAACCCACAAGUUCAUAAAAGCUUGACAUAUAUAAGUAAAGUUUUAAAUUCCCAAAAGCAGAAAAUCGUGCGCUUUACAAAUAUAUUUUAAUUUUUUAAUAAGUCAAUAUUUAUAAUGUUAGACACUAGAGGUGUGCGAAUCCGAUCCGAAUCCGAUCAGAUUCGGAUCGGAUUCGGACAGUAAUUCACUCGAUCGGAUUUCGGUUUUUUUAUUAUCGGAUCGGAUUUUGUAGGUUUUUUGUCGGAUAGGAUCGGAUUUGGUUUUUUUCUUGUAUGUACUGUUUACAACAUUCGCGUCCGUGUUGUAUAGGAUAUAAGCCGAGUGAUUUGGUCGAAGAGGAGUAAUCAGUAUAUAGUACAUAAUGCCGAGUGAUGACAAUAAAGUAAGAAAGUGUUUUGAUAUUUCUGACAAAAGAAACACUGGCGUUAUGUGAAUACUUCUUAAAUCGGUUACGUAUGGGAAUUGGGAUAUAUAGAAAUGUUGUGAUUCUUUGUUUUUAUUUUGUUAGGUUUAUGUGUCAUGAAGCACUGACACUGAGAUUUAUUAGUGAUAAACUUUAAGAUAUCAUCUCUUUGUGUUCAGCUUACUUAGGGUUAGGGCAUUCAAAUUCUAACAAUACGUUAUUUCAAUAGUUUUGGGGGUUUUUUAGGCAAGUUCUAAACUGUACUUACUGGUGAUCUGCAACCACUCCCAUGGGAUUCAAAGGACAAAGAGAUUUUCGCCAUGUUGGAUGAUACUUCCAUUGCAAACAAGCAAAAUCCUUUGUCAAUGUCAUCCAACAUGGCGACGGUGACGUAACUUGCUUAUCACCUAUUACCAUCAGGUUUCCUGAGUGUAACUAUCUUUCUCUAUAGACAUUAUGGAACUUACAUGUUUUUCAGAAGAAAUAUAUGACACAAUGGUGCCAGGUAAGUGACUUCUUCCAAUUUUUAAAUCCAUUUGUCCAAACACUGUGUUAGCCGUUUUAAUGAAGAUAAACACAAAGUAUUUUCUAUUUUAGGAUAUUCCAAGAAGAGACAACGUCACGUGGCUAAUUACUCUGGUAAACGUUGCACACACAUGCAAAAAUCUCACAUCUUGUAACGAGUCAUCAACAAGUUAUGUUCGUACUGCUUGUCAACAAGUUUGGAACAAGCUGUUAACAACUUGUAACAACCUUGUUGAUAUUAUCAAUAGACUUGUUGCGAGGUUGUUCCAACCAGUCCGAUACAGUCAUGAUAUAAAAAUAUCGUUACACCUCGUGUCGUCAACCUUGUAACGUUCUUGUAUGACUGUAUCAGACUUAUGAGAACAACCUUGUGACAUGUCUGAUCAUGCCAUCAAGCUUGUUAAAAGUCGUUAUAACAGCUUAGCUUGUUCCAGUGCGAACACAACUUGUCGACAGCUUGUAAACUGCAGAUUUGUAACAACUUGUUUGCAGACCUGUAACAACUUGUGCGUUUUUACGUGUGUGUAUGAUGAUGAUUUUACUCGUGCAGUGUUGCAUAUCUUGCACGCAUCUAUAAAGUUCUGUGUUACCAUGUCUCCCACUGAAUAAAAUUGUCAAGUAUUCUGAAAUCAAUUUUUGACACUGUUAAAAAGUGAUUUAUUAAGACAUUUACAUUUUUCUCCAAGUGUCUCCACAAUGCAGGAAAUGCCGUUUACGAGACCCCAAAAUUAAUUUAUUCUCUGGGCUAUGCCCCCGCGGACCCUAGAAUUGUGACUCAAAAGGUUAACUGUGUUUUUCCCCUGAUUUUGUAGAACAACGAUGAUUUAGCAACUGGGGCUGUUACACUUGGUUACAUAUUGCAAAAAUUCUCAUGUCAUAAGUACGUUAAUAGAAACCUAAACUCAUCAUUCGUAUAUGCUACUGGGGUUCGCACUUAAAACGCACAAGUUGUUACAACUCUGUUCACAAACUGUCAACAAAUUAGUUGUAUUCGCACUGCUUGUUCCUAGUUGUUGUAAGAAGCUUCCAACAAGCUGCUAUACAACUUAUAACAAUCUUGAUGGCAUUAUCAGAUUUGCCACAAAGUUGUUCUAACGAGUCUGAUACAGUCAUGAUAUAACAAGAACGUUACAAGGUUGACGACACAAGGCUGUAACAAUAUUGUUAUAGCAUGACUGUAUCGGACUUGUUGGAACAACCUUGCAACAAGUUUGAUAAUAUCAACAAGGUUGUCACAACUGUUGACAAGUUGUUCCUUACUUGUUGACAAUUUGGGACAAGCAGUGCGUGAACACAACUUGUUGAGGGCUUGUUGGCAGACUUGCUACAAGAUGUGAGAUAUAUUUGCGUGUGUAUUCAAAGCGAUUUUGAUUGGGUUGUUUACCGGUAAAACUGAUUGGCGUAACUUUCAAUUUUCAGGAAGCUUACAGCAUUAGUCACCGAAGAUCUGAGCGUGAACUCUCGUGAUAUCCUGAAGAAGGCAAGUUACCGUAAUCUAUCACUAAGGUUGGGCGAUAUUUAAAAAAUCAUCUCACGAUUAUUGUCAAGGAAAUUAUCACGAUAUUCGAUAAUAUAGCGAUAAGUGCAAUAAAAACAAUGAUAUCAAUUUCAAUUAAUAUCAAAGGACAGUAAGCUUAUAUAUGAUCUUACGAAAAACAAGUAAAACAAAAAAUUAAAGUAAUAUGAAUGCUUUUUCUAGUCUAGAAUAUUUACUGUUCAUAAACGUGAACGGUAUAUGCAGUGUCUACUGUGUUUCCCCUGUGUCUUCUGCAAUUUCAUUGUUCAGCGGAUUAAUUAUUAGCUUUUGUAUCGUAUUAAAUUUGUAUUUAAUUGUGGAAAUAGGUUUAAUUCUUUGAAAAACUAUAUUUAGGACUUGAAAGAAUUUUUUAAGAUUUUAUAAAAGCUAAAUACACAUGCGAAGCAAUAUCACAAUAGGCAUCGAGCAUGACGAUAAUUUCGAUAUAUCGUCACUCAAGUUUCUACCUUCGAUACGAUAAUCGCGAUUGAAAAUGUCGUGAUAAAUCAAAAUAUCGAAAUAUCGCACAACCCUAUCUAUCACGAAUGCGAGUGUAGUUUUUUAGCUUAAUUUGGUUGGCUAUUUUGCUCUUGUGUCGCGUAUAAUAGGGUAACAAGCAUCGAGAGUAGCUGCAUGUGUACGCCAAGGGAUACGAUAACAGAGUAAAAAGCAUUGACAUUGGGCACAUAUAAGAGGCUUCGGUGAAUUUGACUAGGACUUCCUGGUUUAAUUAACUAGACUAUUAGAUUGUUAAAUAACCAGAGGCCCCUAGCUUAAGUUACACAUUAUUACUUUAGGUUGGUUAUGAAGUUUUGUUGGUCGAAGGUUUGGACUGUAAUUGGAUGGACAGCUUGAAAGGAAAUCCGAGGAAAAACAUUGGUUAGCGCAAAAUUUCAUUUUUAACGUCUCGGAGGAAUUUAUAAUACUAUCUCAAAUCAUUAAUAAUUUAUGAGCAAAUUAGCCAACCAUAUUGCUUCAAUUUGCUCACAUGAUAAUACUGGAUAUCUGAUAAAGUAUAUUGAUCCUGUCCUAGGACUGGAUCAAAAUUAAUUAAGUCCUUUCAUUUCAAGUUAAUUAAGUCCUUUCAUUUCAAGUUAAUUAAGUCAUUUCAUUCCAAGUCCUCGCAUUUUGAUCCAGUCCUCGGCUUCGCCUCGGACUUGAUCAAAUUGCGAGGACUUGAAAUCUAGUCCAGUCCUCAUAGUCGAAUUAGAAAUAUUACGACUAAUCCCUCCCUCUCUUGCAUAUUGUAGUUCUGAAUAUAGAAUGAUAGAAUGUGGGAUGUCAACAGUUUCUUCAUAUUUUCUAGGCAUCCCUGGAACUCAUACACGUUUUCAUGCCUGGAAACUUGAACAAUAUGAGAAGGUAAAAUGUUGCCAGAAUGAUCGUUUACACCUCUGUUUAUUAACAGGGUAGUAAGGCUAAGUUAACCAUGUAAUUUUAAACCGCAGAAACGAUGUAUAUUCGAGAGAACCCUAAUUAAAGUGGCCCACAGGCCUUUGUAACCUGAAAAUCUGUACUUCAACUUGGGAGAGCCCCAAACAUGAAAUCUGGGCAUACUUGAAAUGAGCUGCCCAAACUUUUAGACCUUUUUUAAUUUGUGAAAACUGACAUUUUGGAGUCUUAGGCCAAGUUACCCCAGUCUCAGCAGUUGGGCUUGUGGAUUGCAGUAAAGUAUGAAUCGUUCUCCAAUCUUUUAGAGGUUUUCUAUUUUUACUGAUUAUAUGAAUAACAUUUUUCUCCCUUACAGAUUGUUUACGUGGACACGGAUUUUCUUCCUCUUGUCAGCAUUGAUGAA